AUGCGCGCUCAGAUGUGGGCUCAAUCACACCCCCUCCCCACUCCGGCGCUGGCUGCAGUUGGCACGCCAACGGACGACAGCCCCUUUCUCACUCACCGCCCACCCACUAGCUUCCGCUCCCCGCACUCGGCCAUCAAGGGCAAACACAAGCUCUCCCCCUCCCCAUCCCCUCGCCACCACGGCUUUGACCUAUCUCCUCGCUUGCCACUGCACGAGCAGACGCCAAAUCGGCAUAGUGGCAGCGACAACUCGUCUUCACCUUCCCUCGGCGAUUCUCCCACACCAGGUUUCAUGUCUUCGCGCAAGAUGCGGAUGCCAGACCCACCCGACAGCCCCAUACGCGGUGUCCCAGGUUGCAUGCGCUCGCUCGCCGCCUCUCGCUCUCUUUCCUCAGUUGCCGGCCCCCCCAAGGACCAGAGCAGCAGUGGCGACGACUUGUUCUCCCCCAAUAUGGACCGCAUCCAGCCUUCCAAGUCGCUGUUUAUCGACAGAGGAUCGUCGCCUACUUUUGGCAAGCAUGUGACGACUGUUCCAGCCCCUCCAUUAUUCCAGGCGAUCCGCGCAUCACAGUCGGGCGAUCUCAACCCAAGAAGCUUGCGCCGAUCAAAUCUCCCACGCGUGACGACAAGCGUCCGGGCCCAGAAGCUCAACAGCCUGUCUUCUCAGAAGAAGGCAGUCUCUCUCGGCGAUAUGCAGACUGACAAGCUCGGCAACGAAGGGUUUGAGUCUGCCUACCUCCUCGGCCGCAAGCCCCGAUCCUCAAUGCCAAACACCACGGGCCGUGGCACCUCCCAUCGUCGCGAGACGUCCAUUGCGCGUUCCAUUGGGCAAAAAUCUGGCCUCGCGCUCCCGCUACACUCGCCCAAGCCAAGGCGAUCAGAGCUUGGAUCCAACUCGUCUCUCUCAUCCAUCGCGAGCAACGGCCUGACUCCACCGAUGGCCGAGGAGCCGGUAUUCGAGACGAGCAAACACAAUUUUGACAACGUCAAGCCCAACCCCGAGAUCUUUGACGCGGCCGUAGGCAUCAAGCAGAGGUUCAAGGGCCGCGACUCGACCAGCUCCAACGAAGGUGACCGCUCAAUCUGCCCGCCGUCAGUACUCCGCCUCGGCACGAUUCCAGGUCCCAGCGUCAAGAGAGCACGAUCACUUGGUCACCGCCCAACAGGACUGGGCAUCGACGUGCCGAGCGACUCACUGGCCAGCAAGUAUGACUUUGUUGUCGACCGUGUGUCGAGCUUUGCGUUCCACACGGACGAGAAGCCCAUUAUGCCCAACACGCCCGUGAAGCGACACGCUUUUGGCCACUCACACCCGCGCUCCUCCGGUCGCAUCGCCAUGUCCGUUUCGCAGCCAUCUCUGGGUUCGGGCUUGGACUCUGGUCAUGUCUUUGCCCCGAAGCUGGCCCUUCACCCGCAGUCGACUCGCAAGACUCUCCCUUCAAUGCGCAAGCUCAGCGCCGACGUCCCGCACUUAACCGUCACCACGACGUCGUCUCCCGACAGCCUCAUGGACGAUUCCUCCAGCCCGACCAUGAACCUCGGCUCGAGCAAGCGCCUAGGCACCGGUGCCGGCAGCAUGAGCCUCCUACGCACGAAUAGCUCGUCAACAACGGAGAUCAGUGAGGACGAGAUUACGCCGACCAAGGGCGGCGGCUCGGCAACCGUCUUAGCUGCCGCCUCAAGCCUCAAGACCCCCACGCCAAGCCCUGGCCGCCCUACCAACCUCUCGCGCUCGCUCAACGCCCUUAGCAGUGUCGCAGUUCCACGUCUCUCACUCCCGGUUGCGGACAAGCAGUUGACCAAGGCCGAGCGGAGACGCGCACAUAGACAGUCCAUGCCACUUGGGCCCAUUGAGCUGCCAGAGGAAGAGCAGGACAUCUUUGACUCCCGAUUCAUCCCACAUGGACAGAUCGGACGAGGUGCCUUCUCAACCGUCCUCAAGGCCGAGGCGCGUGAUGGCUCGGGUACUUUUGCAGUCAAGAUUACCCGUGGCGUAUUUGAUGGUGUCAAGGACCGUCUCCGACACCUUGAGGAAGUCGACAUUCUCCGCCACCUGUCCAAGAACCUUAACGACCACGUCCUCAAGUUUGUCGACGCCUGGGAGCAGAACAGACAGUUGUACAUCCAAACCGAGGAGUGCGCGGGAUCUCUUGCCGCGUUCCUCGAGAUCUUUGGCCAGCAAAACGAGCACCUUCACGAGAGCUACAUCUGGAAGAUUGCACGCGAUAUCGGCGACGGCAUCCGCCACAUGCACGACAACGGGGUCGUCCAUUUUGAUCUCAAGCCCGCCAACAUCCUCGUCUCGGCCGACCGCUGCCUCAAGAUUGCCGACUUUGGCUUUGCCACGCGCUGGCCGCGUAUCUCUCCCGCCGAGAUUGUGGCAGGCUCCCAGCUUGGAGGCUCCAUAGGCGAAGUCAGGCAAGAGAAGCUCCACCGCGAGGGCGACCAUACGUACAUGCCUCCCGAAAUGCUCAAGGGCAAGUUCGUCAAGCCAGCGGAUAUCUACAGCUUCGGUCUCAUCCUCCUCGAGACGGCCAUGAACAUUUAUCUCCCGUCGGGUGGGGAGAGCUGGACCGCCCUCCGCAACGACAACUUUGGUUUCCUCAACCUGUCCAUGUUCAGCCCCCAGCUGGCCGACUUCAUCUUCACCCUCCUCAACUCGGACCCUGACCAGCGACCGAACAUUCACCAGAUCAUGGCCCACCCCGUCAUCCAGCGCUCCUGGAACGGUGGGCCUGCUCUCAACCCCGGGCCCCAGGGCUGGCUAAACUCGAUCCUCACGGGCUCGCCAAUGCCCCUCCCGUCAUCUACAACAACCCCGCCGGCCGGGCUCGAUGGCGAGGGCGAUGUGAUCAUGGGCGACGCCUAG